AAGAGUUGAGGGUUGAUAUGCGGUAGAAACGACAGCGCAGGAGUCUUCGUCGGGUUGGCCAUCGGCGGUGCGCCAAAGAACUUUUUUAAUUGGGCUGUGUAACCUUCAGAAAUCCACAAAUGUUGAAUAACUAACAAAACAGAAAACUCUAUAUCAAGGUGCCUUUGUUGGAAAAGUAUCUUCAAAAUCCGAAAUUUCACGUCAGGUUGUUGCACAUUAAUAAGCGUCUACCGCUGCAUUAACUCAAUAUAGCUGCAUAGUUUGGUGGUGAGUCGAGCGUCCCCGUGACUGUGACAAGAUGGGAUACGAAACCCCUAGUCUCAAUGUAACUGUAGGUCCGCCAGGAGUCCAACCAAACAUGGACCUCUGGCAACUGAUCCUCAUGUCAGCCGUGUUCGGAUUGUUCUUCAACUUGACUGCGAUGGCCUUCAAUUAUAUCAGGAGAAAUGUCUACAGGGAUCAGGAUAACCUGGAUACGGUGUUCGACGCCGGAGGUCGCGUGUCUGUUGGGUUGACGGCCACCACCAUUGUGUCCCAGUGGAUUUGGGCAGCCACUCUGCUCCAGUCGUCAGCCGUGGCGGCAAUGUAUGGCAUAAGCGGCCCCUACUGGUAUGCGGCGGGCGCUACCAUACAGAUUCUACUAUAUGCGAUGCUUUCCGUCCAGUUGAAGGUACGUGCGCCAGGAGCGAAGACAUUUCUUCAAGUGAUAAGGGCACGUUUUGACAAGAAGACCCACAUUGUUUACUGUAUGUUCGCCCUCACCACAAACGUCAUCGUUACUGCUAUGUUGAUGUUGGGUGGCGUUGCAGUCCUGAAGAGCCUUGUCCAUGAUCUCAGCACAGAAAUGGCCACGCUGUUGCUGACGGCUGUCAUAGGGUCAUACACAAUGAUUGGGGGUCUGGGGGCCACAUUCUAUGUGUCUUAUUUCAAUACGGGCAUUAUAUUCAUCACGAUGUUAUCCUUUAUAAUGAAAGUGUACGUGGACCAAGACAACGAACAAAAUCCACUAGGUUCAGUAGAAAAAGUGUACCAUUAUCUGAACAGAAGUAUGGGGCCUGCAGAAAAUGAAGAUUUCAGUUUUUUAACGUUUCGCUCCUAUUCUGGUCUCACAUUUGGAAUAAUUAACAUUGUUGGAAACUUCGGCACCGUUUUCGUCGACCAAUCAUAUUGGCAGAGCAGUGUUGCUGCUAGACCAAAACAAGGCGUAUGGGGAUUCCUUCUUGGGGGACUCACUUGGUUCUCAGUGCCGUUCUCAUUUGCUACAACAAUGGGUUUAGCAUUCAUAGCGCUGGUUGAAAAAGAAGGCUCUGAGUUGCUGUCUUCUUCUCAUAUUAAAGCAGGUUUGGUACCACCCCUGGUUGCUCAAAAGGUGAUGGGGUCAACUGGGGAGACAAUGGUAAUCGUCAUGAUUAUGAUGGCUAUCAUUUCCACUGGAUCAGCUGAGGUUAUGGCCGUGACGUCAAUACUGGUGUAUGAUAUCUACCAAGUCUAUAUUAAGCCUUUCAGGGCGGUGUUGGACGCCAACUCAUGCAUACUAUGUGGACGAGCACGUGGUCGACUAGCUCAUAAACAGGACACGUGCAACUGCGAGAGCAUCACUCACUGCGCAGACUGCGAAGAAGAUAAUGCAAACCGGGAGUCUUGUAAACGGGCCUUGAAGCCGGAUUUCAAAUGUCGUAUCCACGGGAAUUUUAAGAAGUACCACGAAUAUCUAGGUCGUUUGAAGAACUGGUGCAUUACGUGGACAACUGUAGCAAUCAUCCCCCUCACGAUGUUCUUGGAUGCUUUAGAGGUCAGCCUGAAUUGGGUGUAUCUCUUUAUGGGCAUUCUGAUAGGCUCAGCAGUAUUACCGAUAAUUCUGGCGAUGUUUUGGGAGCGUCUGACGUCAAAAGGAAUGUUUUUCGGUGCCUUAUCGGGAACGUGCCUUGGGACAGGAAGUUGGCUAAUAGUGGCAGCAACAUAUGGCGGUGGUCUUCAGGAUUUUCGCGAAAGUACAGGAAAAGAAUUCAGCAUGUUGACUGGAAACUUGGUGUCUUUAUUGACCGGGGCAUUUGUGACGGUCAUUGUUAGCGUGAUAGGGAGCAAACAGCAAAGCGAUGCGUCCAAAAAAGAAACCUGGGAAAACACUCGGGAUAUCGACAAUCCCUUGAAGCCGUGGGCUGAGACUUACGUCAGAGAACUCGGAAUGCAAGGUGCCCACCGUAUAGACAACAGGCCAUCCCUGGAAGACGUUACCAAGACCUUCACUUUGGCAAAGAAACUAUCAAUAUGGGGCUCUGUGACCCUUUCCGUAGUGUUUAUCCUGAUAUGGCCAGCAAUCAUGGCUACCCUGGGCAGUUUAGAUCUACAUCUUUUUCGACUAUGGGUCAUCACUUCUAUGGUGUGGGCCUUCUGCGCAGGCGCAUUUAUCCUCAUUAUGCCAUUGGUCAACGAGAUUUACGAGAUCAGAAAGACGGUCCAUUCCAACAAGAGGGUCAACGUCACAAGGUCAAGCAAGGAGAGGCGUAACACAGAUUGGCAGCCGCCAUCGAAUGAUUUCACCAAAGCGGGUUGUAGUAUUGAGCUGGGCGGGGAAGAGGAAGAGGUGGGCGUGGAUGCAUCGUAUUCCGACUGUAGUGCAUCGGCGGUAUUCUAGACAGCUGGGCCAAUGUCUCCAGGGCCCAAAACAGAAGAAGGACCUGGUUUUAAUUUAGUUGCGGAGUCACGCUGAAGAAGACUGCGUGGCCUUUUAAUUUAGCGCCACCGUGAUGUUGUUAAAAAGGUUAAAAGAUAGUGCACCCGAUUGUUUUCUAAAUGGUUAAUGCGUAAAAUUUUGGUAUGUUCAAAGCACAUCGUGACUUUUAUCGUUGCCUUUGACCAAAGACUGGAGGAAG